AUGGACUUGCAUCAAAAAAAAGGCGGUAGAAUUGCUUUACCCAAUACGGAUCUCAAUAUCAGAUCGUGCAUCCCUGCAUUUUGCCCCCCGGGAAAACAAUCUUGUUCGAUUCCGAAUAAGGAUGCCUUGAUACCGAUUCAACACACCCCGUGCGCGACUCAACCGUUUCCGUUCGAUCAAGGACCCCCCGCACCGCCCAUGAUCACUCACGAAUCCAUCAAUCAACAUCAGGACAUUGAAUACAUAACGCUUCCGGUUUUCAAAACGCGAAAAAACGAACCCCAGCAACAUUUCAAUCAAACGGAUCUUUCCGUUUUGGACGGAAGAUUUCAUCAGGAUAACAAUACGACGUUCGAUUUUAGAACUAUACAAAACAUUUCCUAUCCCGCCAUUCCCGACCCUCAUCCAUCCUAUUUUUGUUUGGCACAGUCUGGAAUACGUCCGAGAAAUAUCCUUCAUCAGGAAGCGCAAAAAUUUAUGGCUUUUCAACCGCCGCCCAGGAGUCCGAGAAGGGAACCCGCCGGGAGAGCGUUGGUUUCUCAACACGCGAAUCAUUUCAAUUAUUUAGAAAAGGAAUUCGAUUCGAAAACCGAUGACUCCAUGUACUAUCCGAAAAAUUUUAUGGUUAACAUACCGGGGAGAAGGCCGUCGUCGGAUGUUCAACUACCCAUUCCCUUUCAAUGGGUCGAAAUAAAUGCAAAUAAUCAAAAUAAGCAAAAAUUGAAUCAGAAUCCAUUGAUGAAACCCAUACCGGAAAAAAUAGAAACGAAUUCGUCUCAUUUGACAUUUCGAAGGUGUCAAGACUAUGAAAUGUUUCCAGACAAACCGGGACAACAACCACCCGUCGAAAACGACGACAGGAAUCCAUUUAAAACGAGACAAGUCAUUCAAGACAAUUAUUUGUACGCUGGAAACAAAAAAUUUAUCAGUGAUCAUCAGUCAUUUAAACUUAGCAGUACUCCAAUUAAAUCCUCUUAUAAAAUAUCUAAAAAAAAAUGUUUUCACAAAUAUGAUAAUAAUAAAUUGGAAAAUCCCCGUCCUCUAUUUCCCAACGAGUAUGGGAAAAAAUUUUUACCCAACAGACCGGAUAAUAUUCGAGAAGGUUUACAAACGGACAAUUAUUUGUCUCCUUUGAAUUUUUCCACGACCAGUAACAGUUCCCUUGAUUCUCUUUCUCAUAGUAGCACUCACAGAAGCAGAAAUAUAAAAAAUUUAAAAUGUACCUGCAGCGAAGACAGUGAUAGAUUUUCUACUAAAAAAUCAAGAGUUUCUAAAUGUUCGCCGAAAAGUAUGUACUCGGUCGGCAAUCAAACGGAUUUUUUAAAGUCACCCAUCGAGGAAAAAUUUCUAUUUCGCGAAACCAUACUCUUCGGUUGCGACGAAAUUGGAAAAUGGGCAAGAAAACUCCCAAUGGUUUCCGAAAUAGCCGGCAUGGUCGAUUACAUAAGGGAAAAAACGACGCAAUCGAGAGCUCAAAACAUUUGCAGCGCUUUGGGUUUGGAAAUAGAAGAUCAAGUCAUAGUGUCGGGAUACUUGAAAGUAUUUUUAAAAGUUGCCGAUUCGUGGCUCGAAGCACGGAAUUGUUUUGGCCUCACGGAAAAUUGCAUGAAAAAAUCGUGUCAGUUGAACAGCCCCGAAAUAUCGCAAAAUUAUUUAGAAUGGCAACACGCGUCGAGAAGACUUUUGGGUAAUAUAAUCCACGGCGUGGGUAAAGUUCUUGCUCCGAAAGAACCCAACGUGUUAGCGAACGGUCCUGAAGUUUCCAACUUUCCAAAUCAAAACGCACCGUUAAAUUUUGGAGGAAAUGAAAAUCCGAAUGGGAACAACAAAGUGGAUUGUAGACUCACGAGAAGUGCUUCGAAUCUUCAAAAAUACUACAACGCUAAAUUCCCUUCCACUCCCAAUAAGAGACCAUUUUUACAAAGGCAAAAAUGGACGAUAUCCGACACGGCAAGCACGACAUCUCAAUGCUCAAGCGGAAUGCGAGGACCCACGCAAAUGAACGAUUUGAACGUGGCAGGAAAUCCACCGAGAAAUUUUCAAACGAAUCCACCACCGAAUGCUGAACACGCAACAUCAUUUCCCCCUGAAACCCACCCCGUUCUUUUCUCCGAACUACCACAGCAUAAAAUCACACCCCUUAGUCAAAUAGAACCUCCCUCGUUGAAAAAGCAAGAAAAUUCAUCUCUCACGAUAGAUAUUUCCGCAUGGUUUUCCGGGAAAACCGGAGACGGAGUGAAUAGGUGUUUGUCAUCUUUGACCAAAGAAGGAGCUCUUAACAUGAGUAAAUUUUCCAUGCCUCCCUCACCGAUAAAACCCAUAGCCAAACCGGUGAACAUGUAUCAGAAACCGAUGAACAUACAAAAAUCACAAUCCGUAACGGUCGUUUAUGCGGCCAACGAGGGUUCGCAAGAUAGUUCAGACGACAUACAGCAAAAGAUAUACAUGAAACCGGGGAGUUAUAACGUGCCGAAAAAAAAACUAACAAAUGCGAAAAAAAGGAAUAACGUUCAAAAAGCGAAAGAAUCCUGUUGCGGAGACACGGAAAUCCCAUCGGGUUACAUAAUACCAUUUGUCAAUGCCGGACCAUUUGUUCCUCCACCGAGUAGAAGCCUUCAAAAUCCAAAUAUAAAAAUAGUUAAAAACAUAACGUCCCAAUCUGAUAAUAAUUUAAUUAACAUGGGAUUUAAAUCCGAAGAAAAUUUUAAAAUAAUAAGUAAAAACGAUAGCAUCGACGAUGAGAAAAAAAACGGAGAUGGAGAAAAUAGAAACGCGUCAAAAAAAGAAUCCUUAAAUCAAAACAAAAACCUAGAACCCAAUAGUAAUAAUAAUAAUAAUAACAAUAAUAAUAACAAUAACAACAACAAACAAAAUAAAAUACAAACGAAAGCAAUGAAAACGGACGAAUGGAUAUUAUCGACUCUCAUAAAUUCGCAAAUAAUGAGACCGCAAUUGAGUAAAAACGAUGAGGAAAACAACGACAAAGAAGAAUCCCUAAGGAAUUCAAACAAAUCCCUUCAGAUGAGCGGUGGUAAAUCACCCUACGAUAAAAUAACAACGUCGACAAAUUGCCUUAUGUCAAAACCCAGCCUCCAUCAUCUCGUCGACGGACAAGAAAAAUGCGAUGAUAAAGGUCAAGAAACGAGGAGUCAAGGUUCGCAAGGUCCUGAAGCGAGUCAAAGUCAAGCAUCGAGCGAUAAAAGUUCACAUGGGAUUGAUGAAAACAUGACGAACAGAUCCCAAAGUUCCAUCGCAUCGAGAUCCCUUAGCAAAGCAUCAAAAGCAAAUAAAAACGUUUGGCACAAUUCGAAAAGGCGGAGAAUAUUGAGUCAGAGAACGUUUUUAAGAAUUCAAGACAUUGUUAAUACUCUAUGGAAUUACGACAUGCCCGAUUAUUUGAAACAAGCCUUAACGAAUUAUUAUAAAAUAGUAAAAUAUCCGGUAUUUUUAGAAACAAUAACGAAUAAAGUUAAACAUGGGAUUUACGAAACGGUUGAACAAUUCGUACACGAUUGUCGUCGUCUCAUAUUCAAUUCUACAUUAUAUUUUGAAAAAGAUAAAAUAGAAACGGAAAAAAUUAAAAAAUUCAGUGAACAUCUCGAUAAACUAAUGCAAGAAACAUUUGAAAAUUGGGAAUGUUGGAAUCACAUAACGGGCGAUCCGAGAGAAGUUAAUUUUUUCCCCGAAUUAAGAUAUUCAAACGGUUGCGGAUUUGGGAAAAAACGUUCCAAAACUCCCAAAAACGGAUCGAGAAAAGAUGAUAAAUUAUACGAGCCGUAA